AUGAGACUACGGCCGCCUGUCCUGGUGCUGCUUUUGGUCCUGGCUGUGGGGUCCCAGGUGCAGGUGCGGUACGCCAAGGACUCCCAAAUUGUCAACUGGAACAAGUUUUCAGGGUUCUGGUACAUCCUGGCCACAGCCACUGACGCCGGGGGAUUCUUGCCAGCCAGAGACAAGAGGAAGUUGGGGGCAUCUGUGGUGAAGGUGACCCACAAGGGCCAGCUCAAGAUCAUCAUGGCCUUUAGCCGGUUGCAUGGCUGCCAGUCCCAGGAGGUGAUCCUGAAGAAGGACCGGAAGAAGGCUGUGUUCAGGAACACGCGUGCGUAGGCGGCACAAGCAGCCCAAGCUUCUCUCGCAGUGAGAGGGGUGAAGGCCUUCCAUGUGUUGGCCACCGACUACAGCUCCGGCCUGGUCUAUCUCCGCCUGGGGCGGGCGGCCCACACCUACAAAAGCUUGCUGCUCUUUGAUAGACAGAACAUAUCGAGCUUCCAGAGCCUGAAGGAGUUCAUGGACACGUGCGACAUCUUGGCACUCACCCAGGCGGCUGUUGUCCUUCCGAAAGAUGGCCAUCCAAAUGUGCCUGAGCCAGGGCGCCAGGAUGAGGCUUGGGCUGGUGGUCCCACACGGACAGUAAGAAGAGACAUCAUCAGCCAGGGACCCUAUGGCUGCCGCUGCAGAACUGGGGCUGAUGGUCUGCUUCCUGUGCACACACCAUCCUGCCCUGAGAACCUGCGACCUCUGCUCUUCCCUUUCGACUUGUGGUCCUCCCAGACCCUGAGAAGAUUUGGAGGUAGGAGGACACACACUGAUCAGACUCCUUCCCCUGUGUCCUCUGAGCACACUGCAGGCAUGCUACUGUUUGUCAUCUGCUGUGAAACAGACCACGGGCAGAUCCAGUGUAACGCUUGCUGCACGCCUUCUCUUACACAGCCGCCCAGUUCCCCUUGA